AUGACGCACCGCGGCACGACGUACGCCGCCGACCUGACCCCCGCCGGCAAGGUGGCGGCCGAGGGCAAGGAGUUCGCGUCGGCGGGCGCCUUCUCGCUGCACGUGAAGCGCAAGACGCAGCCGGGCAAGGCCCGCGACGACGGCUGGAAGUCAGUCAAGUAUCGAGGGCUCCCGUUGGAACACUACAGGAAGCAGCACGUGGACAGCGCGCGAGGGCCGCAGCAGGCCCGCGGCGGGCGGCGGGCGGGGGACUCGGGCGACGAGGAGAUGGACGAGGACGCGGCGCCGGAGGGGGCUGGGCGCGGGGAGGAGGCGCAGCAGGGCGACGCGCCCGCGCCGGCGGAGGAGGACGUCAAGUGGGUGUGCUGCGAGAGGUGCCAGGAGUGGCGCGUGGUCCCGGGGGCGCACUACGCGACGAUCGAGGCGGCGGGGGACGCGCCGUGGUUCUGCGAGAUGGCCACGUGGGACGUGCGGACGACCGUGCCGUUCAAGCCCGCGUGCCGGGGCUGA